UGCUGGAUCUUCGAAGCAACUUCACAUUUAAACCGCGUUCUGCCGCGCAAAGGAUUUAAACAGACGCAACCAUGACUUCAUCUGUAUCAUGUGCGCUUUUUCUAUUAGUAUCAGUCGUUCUACCGGUGUCUUUUGCGUUAUCGGGGGAAUAUUGUCACGGUUGGACGGACUCCUUCAACUCUUGGCACCGGGGAUUCCAGUGUCCGGAGCGCUUUGACAGCGAGGACGCGCGCUACUGCUGCGGUACGUGCGCGCUCAGGUACUGCUGUACGUACGCGGAGGCGCGCCUCGAUCAGAGCACCUGCGACACCGGCUCCGAGCCUGAGAACACGGGGGACACGAGAAAGAUGACAGAAAGUGUUCCAACCUAUUUGCCCUUUGUGAUUGUGGUGAGCGCGUUCCUGUCGUUCGUUCUGGUUGGCACGGUUGUAUCUAUCUGCUGCUGUCAGUGUGUGAAACCCAAAGCGAGCGACCGGCCAGCGGGGCCAUCCGCUGCUCAGACCAGCCUUUUGGAGUCUGGAGGGCCCUCUGUGGAUAGCUCUACCCCAUCCCGCACCUCCACUUCAGGCUCGUCCAUGACAAACGCUCGCCCUCCACCAUCCGAGCUCAGCGUGAACCUCUACGGUCCGAUGGGAAACGCAUUCCCACCCUCUCAGUCCCAGCAGUAUGUUCCUCCACUCCCACAGGGGGCGCCACAGUUCUACCAGCCCUACAUGAAUUACGCUCUCCCCACAGAACGCCACAUGCUGAUGGCCCCUGCGUUCCUGGAUGCCCGUCCUGCGUUUGGGCAGAUGCACGGGCAGCCUUUUCCUCAGGCCCCCAUGCACACGGAGCCCAUUUAUCCUCCUGUCACUAUCUGAUAAUGCUUAUAAAACUACGAACGGACUAUAAAACUGUGUGGGACUACACAAGGAGUAGGAAUGUUUCAGGGAUACUUUCUUUUUGCUACCUUGGGUAGCCUCCACAAACAUGUUCUGUAUCCACAUACACAAUUACGACUGAUAUAAUGUCGGUCAUGGUUGGUACCUUUUUAUAAUGUCUUAAUACUUCUCAUAGGAGUGUGUUUGCAUGAACACUUGAUUGUUGCUCAGCAGUCACUGAUUAUAUUGUUAUUUAUAACAGAUUAGAGAAUAAAUGUAUUUUCA